CUCGCGAGACUGCAGACAGGGCCGGGCCAGACAUGGCGGAAGAGGAGGUGGCCAAGUUGGAGAAGCACUUGAUGCUUCUCCGGCAAGAGUAUGUUAAGCUGCAGAAGAAAUUGGCAGAGACAGAGAAGAGAUGCACUCUUUUGGCUGCACAAGCAAACAAGGAGAGCAGCAAUGAGUCCUUCAUCAGCCGCCUGCUGAUGAUCGUGGCAGACCUCUAUGAGCAGGAGCAGUAUAGUGAUCUGAAGAUAAAGGUUGGGGGCAGGCACAUCAGUGCUCACAAGUUUGUCCUGGCAGCCCGCAGUGACAGCUGGAGUCUGGCCAAUUUGUCUUCCACUGAGGAGCUGGACCUGUCAGAUGCCAACCCUGAAGUGACAAUGACAAUGCUUCGCUGGAUCUAUACGGAUGAGUUGGAGUUCAGAGAAGACGAUGUGUUCCUGACUGAAUUGAUGAAACUAGCAAAUCGGUUUCAGCUACAGCUCCUUAGGGAGAGAUGUGAGAAGGGUGUUAUGUCUCUGGUGAAUGUCAGGAACUGUAUUCGCUUCUACCAGACUGCGGAGGAACUGAAUGCCAGCACACUGAUGAACUACUGUGCAGAAAUCAUUGCAAGUCACUGGGAUGAUUUACGAAAGGAGGACUUCAGUAGCAUGAGUGCUCAGUUGCUAUACAAAAUGAUCAAAUCCAAGACGGAGUACCCAUUGCAUAAAGCCAUCAAAGUGGAAAGAGAAGAUGUGGUCUUCCUUUAUCUGAUUGAAAUGGAUUCACAGCUCCCUGGAAAGCUGAAUGAAGUGGAUCAUAAUGGAGAUCUUGCAUUAGAUCUAGCCCUUUCACGACGACUAGAGAGUAUUGCCACCACGCUGGUUAGUCACAAAGCUGAUGUGGACAUGGUAGACAAGAAUGGCUGGAGCUUGUUACAUAAAGGAAUCCAAAGAGGAGAUCUCUUUGCUGCCACUUUCCUCAUUAAGAAUGGGGCCUUGGUCAAUGCCGCUACGCUGGGUGCCCAGGAGACACCAUUGCACCUUGUGGCAUUGUACAGUUCAAAGAAACAUUCAGCAGAUGUGAUGUCUGAGAUGGCACAGAUUGCAGAGGCCCUCUUGCAGGCUGGUGCCAACCCCAACAUGCAGGACAGCAAGGGCAGGACUCCUUUACACUUGUCUAUCAUGGCCAGGAAUGAAUAUGUGUUCAACCAGCUGCUGCAGUGUAAACAAUUAGAUUUAGAACUAAAAGACCAUGAGGGCAGCACAGCUCUGUGGCUUGCAGUGCAGUAUAUCACUGUGUCUUCUGACCAGUCUGUGAACCCCUUCGAAGACCUCCCUGUGGUAAACGGGACUUCAUUUGAUGAAAACAGCUUUGCAGCUCGACUGAUUCAGCGUGGCAGCAAUACUGAUGCACCUGACACGAUGACAGGAAAUUGUUUACUACAGCGGGCAGCUGGAGCAGGAAAUGAGGCAGCAGCUCUUUUCCUGGCAACCAAUGGUGCCCACGUCAACCACAGAAACAAGUGGGGAGAAACCCCAUUGCACACAGCUUGUCGGCAUGGCCUGGCCAACCUUACUGCAGAGCUUCUGCAGCAAGGCGCCAACCCGAAUCUGCAGACGGAGGAAGCUCUGCCUUUGCCAAAGGAGCCUGCAUCCCUACCUAGCUCAGCGGACAGUGUCUGUCUGCAGACGCCACUGCACAUGGCAAUUGCCUAUAAUCAUCCGGAUGUGGUGUCUGUCAUUCUGGAGCAGAAAGCCAAUGCUCUUCAUGCCACCAACAACUUGCAAAUUAUUCCGGACUUCAGCCUCAAAGAUUCCCGAGACCAGACUGUGUUGGGCCUGGCAUUGUGGACUGGCAUGCACACAAUCGCAGCCCAGCUGCUGGGCUCUGGGGCUUCCAUCAAUGACACCAUGUCAGACGGGCAGACCUUGCUGCACAUGGCCAUACAGCGGCAGGAUAGCAAGAGUGCGCUCUUUCUUCUGGAGCAUCAGGCCGAUAUAAAUGUCAGGACUCAGGACGGGGAGACAGCCCUUCAGCUGGCCAUCAGAAAUCAGCUUCCACUGGUGGUUGAUGCCAUAUGCACCCGAGGAGCUGACAUGUCCGUGCCAGAUGAGAAGGGAAACCCCCCACUGUGGCUGGCAUUGGCAAACAAUUUGGAGGACAUCGCAUCCACUCUGGUCAGACACGGUUGCGAUGCCACCUGCUGGGGCCCAGGACCUAGUGGAUGCCUUCAGACACUCCUGCACAGAGCCAUUGAUGAAAACAAUGAGUCUACUGCCUGCUUCCUUAUUCGCAGUGGCUGUGAUGUGAAUAGUCCCAGACAACCAGGUGCUAACGGAGAAGGAGAGGAAGAGGCUAGAGAUGGGCAGACCCCUUUGCAUUUGGCAGCCUCUUGGGGCCUGGAAGAGACAGUACAGUGUCUUCUGGAGUUCGGUGCCAAUGUAAACGCACAGGAUGCAGAAGGAAGAACACCCAUCCACGUGGCCAUCAGCAACCAGCAUGGUGUCAUCAUUCAGUUGUUGAUUUCUCACCCUGAUAUCCACUUGAAUGUACGAGACAGACAAGGGCUGACCCCGUUCGCCUGUGCCAUGACUUACAAGAACAACAAGGCAGCCGAGGCCAUCCUAAAACGAGAGUCCGGGGCUGCCGAACAGGUGGAUAACAAGGGUCGGAAUUUUCUUCACGUGGCAGUUCAGAACUCCGACAUUGAAAGUGUCCUGUUCCUGAUCAGCGUCCAGGCUAAUGUGAACUCCAGAGUCCAGGAUGCUUCCAAGUUGACCCCUUUGCACCUCGCUGUCCAAGCGGGCUCAGAGAUGAUUGUCCGCAAUUUGCUUCUUGCAGGAGCCAAAGUGAAUGAAUUAACCAAGCAUCGCCAGACUGCCCUCCAUCUCGCUGCUCAGCAGGACCUGCCUACCAUCUGCUCAGUCCUCCUGGAGAAUGGAGUGGACUUCGCUGCUGUGGAUGAGAAUGGAAAUAAUGCUCUUCACCUCGCUGUCAUGCAUGGUCGGCUCAACAACAUCCGGGUUCUCCUGACAGAGUGCACGGUGGAUGCUGAAGCUUUUAAUCUGAGAGGUCAGUCACCACUGCAUAUUUUGGGACAGUACGGCAAAGAGAAUGCAGCAGCCAUCUUUGAUCUCUUCCUAGAGUGCAUGCCUGAGUAUCCUCUAGAUAAACCAGAUGCAGAAGGCAACACAGUGCUGCUCUUAGCAUACAUGAAAGGGAAUGCCAACUUGUGCCGCGCCAUCGUCCGGUCCGGGGCUCGCCUUGGGGUGAAUAAUAACCAAGGCAUCAACAUUUUCAACUACCAGGUUGCCACCAAGCAACUUCUGUUUAGACUAUUAGAUAUGCUGUCUAAGGAGCCUCCGUGGUGCGAUGGCUCCAACUGCUACGAGUGCACUGCCAAGUUUGGAGUCACAACUCGCAAACAUCACUGUCGUCACUGCGGACGUCUUCUUUGCCAUAAAUGCUCGACCAAGGAGAUUCCUAUUAUAAAGUUUGAUCUGAACAAGCCUGUGCGAGUUUGCAACAUUUGCUUUGAUGUGCUGACUCUGGGUGGGGUCUCUUAGUGAGCCCCCAGGAGGGUCCAGGCCACGUCCCCAGUCACCUCCCCAGCAGCUGCUCUGCUCACCAGCCUGCCGCCACCCAGAGCAGGAGCUGGCGGUCGUCUUCCUGCAGCAAUAGACUGGAACAGUUAAGGACCAUGAUGUGAUAGAUCCCAUUUCAAACGAUUCCAUAUGAUUGUGUGUGUCAGACUGUGAUCGAUUUCACUAGAUGUCUAAUUGGAACAGGCCAGUUAGCCUAAGUGGUAAAUGUGAUUAGGAAUUAGACCCCAUUCUGCUAACAACACACAAGGACACUUUGAGAACCAUUUUCCCGUCCAGUAGUUCCGUGUCCACCUCAGAGCAUUCAUGAAGUCUUCCUGCCUGGGCUGACUUACGAAGCAGAGCCUCGCAGAGUAGGAAGCUGGCUGCGUAAGGAGAGCCGGCUUUACUCUAGGGGAAGUGGCUGUGUACUUUUCUGCACAGUGUUUUCAUAAAGAUAAUAGGAUCCUCUUGCCCUGAAGUCUUUUUUUUUUUUUUAAGCUAAGCUGUAUUUUUAGUGAGCUACCCCUUUUAAAAAGGUGAAAUCUUUCUAAACAGGGUUCAAAGAUGAGAGCUGAAAAAUCGUGGCCUUAACAACUGAAAGCUUUACCAGUGUUCAUGCUACUGAGGUGUCAGGAGUGCAGUUUGGCAGCUUGGCACCUCCUGGCAGCCGUCUCAUUCUCUCGUCUUGCUGCGUCCUGUCUGUAGAGUCCUCAGUCACUCUGCCGCUAGAGAGUGGUGGAGAAAAUGCACUUUUAUUGUGCUGCACUUUUUAUAUAGCUGCAUUAUUGGUGAUUCCAAUUUAAAAAUCCAUAUUUAAAAAUACCCUCACACAUCCUUGCAUCAGUGAUUCUAAUGAUCAGCUAUGACUGGACCUCAGCUCACACUAAUCUUAAAGGAAAAACUACAGAGUGUCUUUUAGAGCAAGCGAGUCGUUCAGGCCAUCUGAUAAGAGGGGGAAUCAGUAAGGCUUCAGCCCCCGGGCAUCUCCAGCCUCAGGACGGCAGGUCCUAUGUCCUUGACACGAAUGCUUCUUGCUGAAACCUUUUCCUAGUCAUGCUGUGAGUGCCGUUGGCCCCAUUUCUGUGUAGCUGGCCCUACCCCAUAGGAGCCGAUAGCCGAAGGCCCUGGCCAAGGGAGUGCAGCCCGUCCUGGAAGGCUCUGGCUUGUGUGCUGAAUGAGGCCGCCAGAUCUCAUGGGGCCGUAGUCGCUGCUAGUACACACAUUAACCUUGAGGUGUUAAACUUCUUUACUUUUUGAAUGUUUGGCCAGUUUUUUAAAAAUGCACAUUUAAAGAGAAACUUUUACCACUGCUUUUUAAAAAACAACUCUGAGAUGAACAAUAUGUUACACAGUUAUACUCAGAGAUUAACAAUCUCAAUCAUAACAUACUGAUUUUUCCAAACAUUUUAAUAACCACUACAUUUUUUGCAUUAAUGAAGUAUGGAUAUAUGUGUAAAAGGGACUAAAUAUUUUUUUUACAACAUCCUGUUUUUUUGUUUGUUUCUUUUUUGGAUAGUGGUAUGUCCUCUCUGUUGCUGUAGAUUUAUACAUUCUACUGCCUACAUAUGUGUGUACAAUGAGCUGAGAAACCGGAGUGCUACUUUUUUUUUUUAAAUAUUUCUGUGAUUUAUAAGAUAUAUAUGCUUCUAUGUUAAUAUGAGCUUGUGCACAAUGUUUAAAAGAAAAACUUAAUUAGAAGAGUUCCACUGUCCCUUAGUCUGUGACAUAUUUCAUAUAGAAUUUUUAUAGAAAAAUCCAACUAGUCUUGGCAAACAUUUGACCAUGUGAGGCAUGUGGUCAGUUUCCAUUUUCUAUUGCCUGAAAAGGGCCACAAGGAAGCAGGGCUUAGUUAGGUAGCUUGGUUCUUUAAUUAGAAAGUAAGAUAAUCAUGGUUCAGAUAUGAAUUGAGGUGGUCAGUACAUAGAUGCUUGUUCUUUUAACGUUCGUAGUGGAGAGGGGAGGAUGGGGAUUCAAUCAGGAGGGAAUUCAUGGGAUUGGAUUUCCAUCAGGGAUGGGAAUUCAUGAGGCUGAUUGUGCUGCCCUUGCCUACCGCACCAAUUUCAGUCACAGUCUUACCUGUAAUUGCUCUUAAAAUCUUAAGAUCAUGUUUAAAAUAUGUUGAUUCAAGCUUCUGUUUCUUCACAGAGUCCAGGGAUAACAGUGGUACUGACCAGCCACGGAUUGGGGGUACAUUUUUUUAGUUCUACAUUGGCUUCAGGGUGCAUUCGUGUAGAUAUAGAAAAAGCAUCUUUCCAAUCUUAGGAAAUCUCCCUGACCACGCCAAUGUUCCCUGGGCUGCACUCAGCAGGUUCUUUGAGUGGCAGCUGCCCCAGUAGGACUCCCACACACACUGCCCUGGCCAGGGCGAGGCAUGCUGAGUCCCUUUUGUGCUCUCCGUGCUGUCAAGACUUGCCUACAAAACUGCCUAGCUGUUCUCGUUAAAUUUUAAUCUAUAGUUUAAGUACUAGUAGGAAAAACUUAAUUUUUUCAUUCAGAAAGUUGCCAAUUGUGAAUGAGUAGAGCAGGAGGAAUAAACUUUACUGAAAUAUAA